AUGGCGUCUCAGCUGGCCAGGAAUAAGGCUCGGAUGGCGGACGGCAUCGGCAGUCGAGACAAUGCCGUCCCCUUCAACCAUCAGGACUUCCGGCAGCUGCGGAAUGAGUCUUCAGUCUGGAAAACUGUUUGUGACCCCACCUUCCCUGCAGGCUGGGAUUCUCUGGGAUACAACCAGCUGGGGCGCUACUCAUCCAAAACCAUUGGUGUGGAGUGGAAGCGUCCACGCAUCAUCACAGCGUCAUCAGUGUCAUCACAGGGUCAUUACAGUGCAUCACAGCAUCAUCACAGCGUCAUUACAGUGUCAUCACAGCGUCAUCAAAGCAUCAUCACAGCGUCAUCACAGCGUCAUCAAAGCGUCAUCACAGCGUCAUCACAGCGUCAUCAAAGCGUCAUCACAGCGUCAUCACAGCAUCAUUACAGUGUCCAUCACAGCGUCAUCAAGCAUCAUCACAGCGUCAUCACAGCGUCAUCAAAGCGUCAUCACAGCGUCAUCACAGCGUCAUCAAGCGUCAUCACAGCAUCAUCACAGCAUCAUUACAGUGUCAUCACAGCGUCAUCAAAGCAUCAUCACAGCGUCAUCACAGCGUCCUCAAAGCGUCAUCACAGCGUCAUCACAGCGUCAUCAAAGCGUCAUCACAGCGUCAUCACAGCAUCAUUACAGUGUCAUCAAAGCGUCAUCACAGCGUCAUCACAGCAUCAUCACAGCGUCAUUACAGUGUCAUCACAGUGUCAAUCAAAGCGUCAUCACAGCGUCAUCACAGCGUCAUCACAGCGUCAUUACAGUGUCAUCACAGCGUCAUCAAAGCAUCAUCACAGCGUCAUCACAGCGUCAUCAAAGCGUCAUCACAGCGUCAUCACAGCGUCAUCAAAGCGUCAUCACAGCGUCAUCACAGCGCCAUCACAGCAUCAUUACAGUGUCAUCAAAGCGUCAUCAAAGCAUAUCACAGCGUCAUCACAGCGUCAUCAAGCGUCAUCACAGCGCCAUCACAGCAUCAUUACCAGUGUCAUCAAAAGCGUCAUCACAGCAUCAUUACAGUGCAUCACAGCAUCAUCACAGCGUCAUUACAGUGUCAUCACAGCACCAUCAAAGCAUCAUCACAGCAUCAUCACAGCGUCAUCAAAGCGUCAUCACAGUGUCAUCACAACUUCGGAGGACGGCAUCUGCAGUCGAGGACAAUGCCGUCCCUUCAACCAGCAGGAUGUCCGGCAGCUGCGGAAUGAGUGUCUUCAGUCUGGAAAAACUGUUUUGCGACCCCACCUUCCCUGCAGGCUGGGAUUCUCUGGGAUACAACCAGCCGGGGCGCUACUCAUCCAAAACCAUGGUGUGGAGUGGAAGCGUCCCACGGAGCUGUGUUCCAGUCCUCAGUUCAUUGUGGACGGGGCGUCGAGGACGGACAUCUGUCAGGGGGCUCUGGGUGACUGCUGGCUGCUGGCUGCCAUUGCCUCUCUAACCCUCGACCCUCAGAUUCUGGCCCGAGUUGUUCCUCCACAACAGAGCUUCACUUCCCAAUACGCUGGGAUCUUCCACUUCCAGCUGUGGCAGUACGGCGAGUGGGUGGACGUGGUGGUGGACGACCUGCUGCCCACCAGAGACGGGAAGCUGCUGUUUGUCCACUCAGAGGAGGGCAGAGAGUUCUGGAGCGCCCUGCUGGAGAAGGCCUACGCCAAGGUCAACAGCUCUUAUGAAGCUCUCUCUGGAGGCUCCAGCAGUGAAGGUUUUGUGGAUUUCACUGGAGGAAUUGCAGAAAGCUACAACCUGAAAGAGGCGCCGCCAUUCCUGUUCCAGAUUAUGAGGAAAGCUCUGAGACUCGGCUCAUUGCUCGGCUGCUCCAUCGAUAUUUCCAGCUCCUACGAGACAGAAGCUGUCACGGGUCAGAAGCUGGUCAAAGGCCACGCCUACUCCAUCACAGCUGCAGAGCAGGUCCAUCGCUUUGGUUCUGUGGUGGAGCUGCUGAGGAUCAGGAACCCCUGGGGUCAGGUGGAGUGGACCGGUGCCUGGAGCGACGGUUCAAAGGAAUGGAACAGUGUGGAGCCAGAAGAGAAGAAGAAGCUGGACCACUCCGCCGAGGAUGGAGAGUUCUGGAUGUCCUACACUGACUUUCUGCGUCAGUUCUCCCGUCUGGAGAUCUGUAACUUGACUCCUGACACUCUGUCCAGCAACAGUCUGAGCUGCUGGAACUACUCAGACUUUGAGGGCGUGUGGCGGGUCGGUUCCACUGCUGGAGGCUGCAGGAACUACCCCGCCACGUUCUGCUCCAAUCCUCAGUUCGUAAUCCGCUUGGGGGACGUGGACGACGACCCUCACGACGGUGAGGACGGCUGUACUGUACUGAUUGGUCUGAUGCAGAAGGAUGGACGAAGGGAGAGACGCUUUGGACGGGAUCUCAACACCAUAGGCUACGUCAUCUACCAGGUUCCUGAUGAGUUUCAGGGUCGUAAUAACGUCCGUCUGGGUCCAGACGUCCUGCUCAGGACCACAUCGGUGGCACGCAGUCAGACCUUUAUCAACUUGAGAGAAGUUUGCGACAGAUUCAAACUACCACCUGGAGAGUAUGCCAUCAUUCCGUCCACCUUCGAACCGCAUCGCAAAGGGAGCUUCAUCCUGAGGGUGUUCACCGAGAAACAGGCGGACACCAGUCCGAUGGAGGAGGACAUCAGCGCCGACAUCACAGAGCCGGAUGUCGGUGAGACAGACGUGGAUCCUCACUUCAAACAUCUCUUCCAGCAGAUCUCCGGAAAGGAUUCACAAGUUUCAGUCACUGAGCUCCAGCAGAUUUUGAACAAAGUGAUCAGUCAGAGGUCAGAGGUAAAAACCGACGGCUUCAGUCUGCAGACCUGCAGGAACAUGGUCAGCCUGCUGGACACUGACGGCAGCGCCUCACUCGGUCUGGUGGAGUUUCAUUCUCUGUGGAUGAAGAUCCAGAAAUAUUUGGAAACCUUUCGGCAUCAUGACGUGGACAGCUCGGGUACGAUGAGCAGCCAUGAGAUGCGGGCAGCGUUGGUCGAGGCUGGGUUCCAGUGAACAGUGUUGUGAUCCAGGAGGUUGUCAACCGUUACGCCGACGCCGCCUACGCCAUCGACUUUGAAUGUUUUGUGGGCUGCCUGAUCCGCCUGGAAAUGCUGUUCAAAAUGUUUAAGGCGUUGGACAAGAAGAACCGAGGGAAGAUUGAACUGGAUCUUCAGCAGUGGCUGUGCCUCGCCAUAAACUGACCGCUACAGUGACCCCUGCAGGACAGUGAUGGAUGUUUUAACUGUUUAGUUAAAUAAGUUGAUUCCUACGCUAACACUAAUA